AUGCGCGGGGACCGUGAGAUCGUCGAGGCAUGCCAGGGCUACGACAAGGUCCACCUGUGCCGCAACUUGGUGUGCCACGAGGAGGGCCAGCACUUCAAGGAGUAUGGCGUGGCCCGCGACUUUGACGGCGAGCGUUUCCACCUGAAGAACGCGGAGCUUGGUGCGGCUAAGGCGGGCAGGACACUGUGGACCUGGUUGUGGGCAGCCCCGGCGAAGGCCUCGAAACCGUUAAAGGAGUUUGGCUCCGAGUCCGAGACAGAGCUGCUGCACGAGGACCGGCGGGCGACGGUGUUAGGCGGUGUCGUCUUCAUGCACAAGGGUCGGGUCGCCGAUCAAACUCGCGCCGUCGAUCUCCGGCCCCGGCUUCUCUUCCUGACCAAGACGAUCCUGAAGAACCUGAGCUUCCUCCCAGUGAAGGCCGGUGUCACGAGCGAGCCAGGCAAGAGAGUGCGUGAGGACCACCCCGUGCCGCUGCUCGAGGAGUUCUUCAACCAGUACGCGGAGGGCCGGGACGCAGGCUUGACCGAGGAGGAGGAGGUGACCAAGGAGCUCAUCCGCCUCGCCAUCCUCGAGCAGGAGAAGGGAACAGUUUCGGCACCAUCGUGGGAGUUGGUGGAGACUUCGCCCGAGAAGCAAGCUGCUCGACCCGAGAAGCCCCCAACUCCGAUCCGUAUCGGCAACCCUGGCAUCUUCGGUGUUGAUGAGCGGAAGGCCGGGGCCACCGACACGGGCGCCUUCGAUGAAAUUGCUCGAGCCAUCCAGUCGCAGACCGUGGAGAUUGCGUCGUUGGUGAAGAGCCACACCGAGAACACAGCCGUCCCACCCGGCACGGUCAAGGGCCUGAACCGCACGUCCGAGGAGCUGGUUUUCUUGUUGAGGGCUUGCAACCAGUACCAGGUGACGGUGGGUGCGGGUGAGCAGGGCCAGGCUUUAGCGAACGCGCUCCUUUCGGCUCAGGUGGGUGCCUCUACAAAGCUCCGACGUGCGGGCUUCAAGCAGAAGGUCACGACAAGGCUGGCGGUGGGGCUGGCGGGACCUUACUGGGGGACCCAGGAAAAGCACGCCUUGAACGCCACGGACUUCGUUGCCCACACCGAUGCGGAGCUGGACGCGUUCGUGCAGGAGAUCAGAUCAAGUAAGGCGGGCGUCGAGCAGCGGCCACAGCCCCCCACGAAGCUGGAGGACUGGGAGGGGCGCGUCAGACGUCAGAACGACGUGUGGGCCCUCGUGUACGGGAGCGAGUGGAAGCCGGUGCGGACCCACGCCCUGGAGCGUCUUUUGGAGUGGCACCAAGCCGAGCCGCACAAGUGGCCGCUGACCGUGCUCAUGGAUGUUUGGGAGGAGCUUCACUGGCGUUUCUUCGAGGAGCUGAAGGAGUCGUUGAGGCUGUUGAAGAAGGAGGCGGGCAGGGAGACCAUGUCGUUGUCCGAUAUCAAGUUCUUCGCGCUGAUGCCCAAUGCAGCGGGAACGGCAUGGCUCGAGCUCCCCCGCACGUUCGACCUCAAGUUCCCCGACGGCUGGUUCAUGACGGAGGUGCUGCCGCGCAUCGAGAAGGAAGCAGGCGGUGAUCAGAAGCCCGAGGUUGCCUCAAAGCCGACGGUCAAGAACCUGUGGGGCCCCAAGCUGACCACGGAGGAGGUGAAUAAGGCGAAGGAGCGGGCCCCGUUGGACAGAGAAGGGCUCCUGUUGUGCUGGGGGGCCUUGACCCACAUGGGGUGCAGCAACCUAGCGUGCGGCCGUUCUCACGCCGACCUCCAGGGCAAGUUCGAGGCACUCGACCCGUGUGUGCAGAUGCAGUUGCUCCGGCGUGGUGGGCUCCGGAGGAUGAAGCCAGAAACGAAGGAGUCCGCGGCGGAGAAGAUCAAGGGCAUCAGGGCCGCCGUCGCCAAGGAUAAGGCCGCGAAGAUCACCGACCGUAAGUCGGGCCACGCCGAUGAUGAACCACAAGGCGAAACGCGGGCGGGCGGCGAGAAGGUUGUGCAGUUUGAGGAGAUCCCGGAGGAGUUUGGCGCCGUCGACUACACCGCCGCGGAGGAGGACUUGCGUGAAGCCUUGAAGGGCCCCGACGGUGCGUGGCUUCAAGAGAGCGGAGGAUCACAGCAUGCCACGGAGGUCGCGAACGGCGCAUCUGCGCCGCAGGAGGCGAAGGACCUGGUGACACAGGCCGAGAACCUCGCGAAUGGGCCUGUUCUCGGUAAGCUCCACAACGCUUCCGAUGACCUCUUUGCAUGGGCGGCCACACGCGUUGCAGCCGCCCCUCACGCCACCUUGGAGGACGUCCUCGGCGAGAUGGCCACUUAUGGCAUGGGUGAGAUGGCGGCCGAAGCCACUGACAUCCUUGAGGCCCAGUGCGGUGCCCGCGCAGGCUCCUCAGGGGGCAUCCAGGUGUCGGAGGUUGUUUGGGAAUCCGGACGACCGGGCAAGGCCACAGCAACGAUCGAAGGGGUUGUCUGGACCGUUUGGGAUUACAAGGAGGAGGUCCGGAUGUCGGAGGAACUUGCGGGCAUGCUUCAGCAGCCCGAGGAGGCCAUGGAGAAGCGGCAGUGCGUUACCAAGGCGAUCGCAGCGGGCAUCUUGUGGAGACAGUUGGCCAGGCAACCAAUGCCCGGGGAGGUCGAGGCGAAGGCUCUGGAGUUACGCCUGGAGCAGACAAGGCUGGCGCUCGAGGCACAGGCCGUGAUGGGUGAGCCGGCUCACAAGGUUGCCCCCAUUGAGGCCGAGAUCCGCAUCUACACCCACGACACCGCUCGCGCCAACCACGAUAAGGACUUCAGAUCGUUGGCGGUGUUCCCCUUGCUGGACUUGGAGGAUUGCAAGCUGGUGGUGGUGCGGGCUGACUAUAAAGGGGAUGUCGUCGUUGAAACAGUGACGGGCCCUCUGUGGCGCGAUGGUGGUUGGACGCUGUGGACGCUAAUCUGGAGGGGCCACAUGGUGUUUUUGGAGCCACCCCCGAGCUUGCAGGCCGAAGUUUUCCUGGACCGCUGGCAGCCGUACGACACUCCGGCGCUGGGCUUCUUGUUUUUCUGGCACACUCGGCACGAUCAGGAGCGCACUUCCCCGGGCGCAGUCCAGUGCCGUCUGUGUAAAGGGCGCAAGGCAGGGGACACAGUGGUGCAUGUUCGCAGGGAGAGCAACCUUGCGGCAGCAGCCAUCGUCGGCUGCAUCCGGGCUGGCUCAAGGCCCAACUUUGACAAAGUCAACGUCAGGGGCCCCAGUUUGUGCUUCCAGGAGGUGUUCGCCGGCGCCGGUGUCAUGACCAAUGGCUGGGCCGCUGCGGGAGUCCGUGUGCUCGAGCCGGUGGAGGUUUGGGAAGAUCCUUUUCAACGUGUUGGCCACCGCCCAGAUCACGAUUUGUCUAGGGGUGAAGUCCAGAAGCGCAUGCUGUACCUCGCCAGCGGUGGCGAGGCCAACAUAUGGUGGAUCGCGCCUCCCUGUACCAGCUUCUGCGACUGGGGCGCCCAGAACGGCGGCACACGGACUUUUCAGUGCCCUUGGGGGGGUACCCAAGACCGGCCCCACAAGGAUGUGGAGCUGCAGGGCAACAUGUUGAGCAAAGUGGCAGCAGAGCUUUUUCUUUGCGCCCUCCGGAACGGGGCUUUUCCCAUCGUGGAGUCGUCGGGGGCCUCAGGUCGCUAUCCCAAGAUGUGGGACCUCCCGUGGUGGCGAGACAUUUUGGCGAGGCCAGAUGUUCAGUUUGUGGAGUUUCCGAUGUGCGCCUUUGGCCUGGGCCCGCCGGAUGGUGACGGCUACUAUCACCACCGUACUCGGGUGGUCUUCCCUCGGUGCGAAGCCUUGGCCUCAGCUUUGUCGCGGUGCUGUCCAGGAGUCGGCGCCUCUCAUCGGCAUGUUCCUUUGGCUGGUCGUCCGGGCGCUUCGCGCUCCCGGUGUGCCGAGGCUGGAGUGUACCCGCAAGAGUUUGUUCGGACCGUUGUCUCUACUUUGCAGCAGACUUUGGUGGCUGGGGGGGGACAUGACGGUGAGCCACAGUGGCUGGAGGAGGAGACCAGAGCGGGCGGCGAGAUGUUCGGCGCAAGGGGGGAAAAGCUCGGCUGCCGCCAUGGAUGGUUGGACGAGCUCGACGACAUCGAGGCCUCUGAAGCCUCCACCCUGCUGUCCGCAACCGACUGCCCAACGCGUGGAUGGGUCGCGGACUACGAGGAAACCAGGGCUGGUGGGGUUGAGUUGUACAACGCACCAUCGGAGGAGGCAAAGUUUGCGGCCAAGCAGUACAUCGAGCUCGCGGGGAAGACUGGACUGGGGUGCCCGGGGGCGUGGAAGCGUGUGUGCGAGAAGGGCGAGUGUCUCGUUCGCAAAGCGGGAUCAGUGAGGUUGGCUGCCGAAAGCUUGUGGGCAGCGCGCGAGGAAGGGGGCCUCAACAAUUUGCGGGGUGUCGACGAGGCCAGCCUGGACACCGUGUUGCACCCCGACCUCCUUGGCUACCUUCGCGAUGUUCGCAAGAGAGGCCUUGCAGCCAGGUUCGUCGGCAAACGGCAGAGGUGUCAGGCCAAGGUCCACCCAAAUGGUCGCAGGAACCUGGCCCAGGUUUACCGUCAGAUCUGGAAGGAUGUUGGCAAGCUCCGGGUGCUGGUGGUUCCGUCGCACAUGGAGGGCCUAGGCCCUGUGGUAUCUAGCCCCUUCGACGCUGUGGACAAGAUGCUUCCAGAUCGUUCGAUUGCGCCAGACAAACGCAUCGUGCACGACCAGCGGGUGAUCAACGAGGGCACCCACAAGGACUGGCAUCCUCCGGCGGUGCAACCCCGACACGAACAGGUGGCGCGUUUGGUUCUGUUCGCCAAGUCUCAGCUACCGGGUGUUGAAGUUCUCAUGAGCAAGAAGGACAUUGCGGGCGCUUUUCGGCUGCUGUGGGUUGACCCCAAGGAUGUCGAGUUGUUCGCGGGCGACCUGCCGUGGGUGCCGGAGGAAAUGGAGGAGGGGGAAGACGCAGCCGGCGAGGGCAUGACCAUCGUCUACCUGGUCAGCUCCUUCGGUUUCUCAGGUUCUCCGGGAGAAUGGACAGUGUGGGGCAAGGCCACAGAGGAGUUUCUACGGCGCCAUCGCCCGUCGUUGCCACGACGGGACCUGUCUUGGUCGUUCGAGAGUCGUAUCUUGGUCGACGACAACGUGCUGGUCGAGCCUUUGGUUGGUUUAAGACCGUGGGUUGCAAGCGAGGUCUACGAGCUCGGGGUGAAGACGCUGUUGGGCGAGGCGGCGGUGAACCGCGAAAAGGAUUUGGUCGAGGGCCCCUUCCGCACCUUCCAGACCGUUUGGGGCCUGGAUAUGGACACGGCCACCGAGGAGAUCCAUCUUCCGGAACGUCGGAUCCUCAAGGGGGCCCACUUGCUCAACGACGGGGCCUUUGAGUACGGGUGCAAGGACUUGACGGCCCGGGCGGUGCAACGCUUCCGGGGCACUGGCGUCGACGGUGGCGCCAAAGUGUGCCCAAAGAUGUGGGUGCCCGGCGACGAGGAGGAGUGCGAGCAGGCAUGGCGCGACCUUUGGGAGUUGUUCGAGGAGUCGCAGUGGUUGUGUGCAAGGCCCGAGACGUGGUCUACGAAGUUCGGGGCGAGCAUGAGGGAGCUGCUUCCGAUCCGGGAGCGUCUGGCCUUGCCGGGCGAGUGGGAGGCCGGGACCGUCUUCGUUUCAUCGGAUGCAACCAAGGUGAUGAUCGCAGCCAUCGACUGGACCACGGGAACGGUGAUGCGAAUGAAAGCAAAGACUGCGGCUGAGUGGGUGCAGCGGUGCGGCGACGGCGAUGAGGUGGCCAUCCACGUGGCAGAGAUGCUCUCGUUCCUCGCCUUUGCGUGCAAGGUCGGGGAGUCGUGGGAGGGCAAGAUCGUCCUCUAUGGCGGGGACAACAAGAUCGUGAAGGAGUGGAUCACAAGCCGCAAGGCGGGAACCCGCGUUGGCCGCAUUCUGGUGAGAGUUGUCAACCUUCUGGAAAUGCGUUUUCGCUUUGCAUUGGUGGCUACUUGGUGGCGCACGUUCCACAACGUCCACGCGGACCUCCUGACCAGGUGCUCCGACGACGAGUUCCAGGCCGUUGUGAACGAGAAGGGGUGGACUGUCGUUGACGUGACCGACGCCCUUCGUCAGGCCCUCGUGGACUCAGAGCGCUUUGGCCCGUGCCUGCUUGCUUGGGGCGAGGAGGACAGGCGUGUGCUGAUGCAACUCAAAGAGCGGAGGCUACGUCGGGCGGUGCCCAACACCAUCAGCCCUACGUGGAGUGAGUUCCGUGCAGUCGAGCUUUGUGGGGCGGGCCGGGUCGUCAAGGACUUCGUCAACGCAGUGGAGGCGGUCGGGGGUUCCUGCCGUUCGGCUUUUUGGUCAGAAGCGGUGCUACCGGACGAGGUUGUUUUUGCGUCCCUGCCUCCCGACGUGCACGCAAAGACAGUGGUGGCAGCCUGCACGGCCGCCGUCAAUGGGCAGGCCCGAUUCGUUGUGAUGGAGGGGCCGCGCCAAGUCGCUUGGGAGCAAGCGGCUAAGGUCUUCGAGAGGGCUAUGUGGGACCACGAGACCCAGGAGUUCCUCACUACGGAGUUCGGGGAAAUUGCUGUGAGGCGGAGAAAGUGUUUGGUGGAGAAGCAGUGGUUUCGUCCGGACAAGAUCGUCGUCGACACGGGCAUCCCGAGAGAGCCCCUCCUUCCACUGCUGAAAGGGCACUACUGGACAGGGGGAGCGAGACAUGUUUUGAUGAGUACGAGUGGCCCGCUGCGCUGGCCCCUGUGCGAGAACCAGGAGAUCCAGAAGUGCGUCGUGUGGGACCCUCGAGGCCCACCUGGUGCAGUUCGUAUCCUCACCGGGAAAGAGGUGUGGCGGUGUCAGGGCCGCCAGGAGGACUUGUGGGAUCAUCUUCAGCGUGACGGGCACCCCGAACAAUCCCUUCUGAAGGAGGGCAGCAAAGCAACAGGUGGCCAGACUGCGGCCGCCCUGGUGCUCAUGGCAGGCUACUCCGUUGGCGCAGAGUCACGUGCCGGUGGAGUCCGCGACCUCUUUGAUGACGCGAACCUCGCCAAGGUGUUGGAGUGGCUAAAGCGAUGGAAGAGAGGCCUGUUCCCCCGCGCAACUCCGGGUGAUCAUGACCGUCGUGCUGGGGGCCACGGACACCCAGAGGAUGAAGACCCGUCACGAGGCUGCAGCGACGGCGGGCCACACAGCGUUGGUCACGACACCGUGUGGCGUUGGGGCGAUGCACUAUGGGUGCCCGAUUCGAGCAGCGAGGAUGAGAAUGAAGGGGAGAACGACCGGAAAGCCGGGGCGCCUCGCAAAGGCGUGCGCCGCGGCAAGGCCGAAGCAGUUCAAGCCGAAGCCCAAGUCCAGCUGGACCAGGGCCCUGUGCGCCCCUUCACCGGGGAGGUUGGUACCUACGUCGAUGAGUGGGUGGAGGACAACCUAUGUGGCUACCUCGCCGACAGCACCACGAAGCAGUACGCGGGCAUCUACUACAAGUGGAGAGCGUGGGGCGCAAGGCAAGGGUGGCCCACUGAGUUCCUCGACAAGUCGGUGCCGGUCGAGGCGAACGAGAACAAGCUGCUUGGGUUUUUGGGGUAUCUGGGAUGGUUGGGGUGCUCCGUGGCAACACUGAGACAGGCCGUCUUUGCGAUAAAGGAUGGGCACAAGAGAGGAGGCCAAGGGGACCCCACCGAGAAGAUGCAUCGCUUGUGGAUGCUGCUGGGCGCUUUGGAGAAGAGGUCCCCCAAAAAGCCAAGGCGGUUGGGCGUCACACCGGGCAUGCUCCAGUGGGUCGCGGACGUAAUGGGCCCGCACUUGGCAACCACGGCUGAGGAACGCUUCGACUCGGCGAUGAUGAUCGCGGCCCUCAGCACUGCAUGGUUCUUCAUGUUGCGGGCUAAGGAGUACUGUGACUCCAACGGGGUCGACCUCGCGAUGAUCAUGAGAGGGGUCGACUUCAAGAUCGAGGCGGACUCCGGGGGCGACUACUACGUCACCCUCCAGUUCAGGAAGACGAAGACGGACCAGGAGGCCUUCGGCACGUGCAAGACGAUGUAUGCAUCGGGGGUCAAGAACCUGUGCGUGGUGAACGCCCUGCGGACCUUCAAGGAGAUCGCCCCUCAGAGGUUCGGACAAGGUGCAGAGGCCCUGAAGCCUCUCUUCAGAUGGGCGAAUGGUCAGAUGCUGAAGCGUACCCAGGUGCAGUACCUUUUACAACAGGCAGCUGCCGGAGUGGGCCUUCCUCCUGAGAGGUUCAUGUCGCACUCGCUCCGCAUCGGAGGAGCCUCGGCACUUUUCCAGGCCACUGGAGAGAUCGAGGUGGUGAAAAGAACGGGGAGAUGGUCGUCGUCAGCAGUGCAGCGCUACCUGCAUGACGGCGAGACCGCCUUGAAACAGGCGGCGAGCAAGAUGGCAUCCGUGGAACAGCGAGUUCACUACACAUGA